AUGCAGCAGAGGGUCACAGAAUCAAAGCCAGGGCUGGGAGAAGUCUUGUCUAGGACCAGCUGCUUCCCCCUCUGUCCUUCAGCUGCAGCUGCUGCACUGAGUUGCUGCACCCCGGGGAGCAGGAGGAUGCUGCUGCUGCUGCUCCUGGCUCUGCUGGGCCCCACUGGCUGCCCCAGGACCGAGCCCCUGAGCGCUGGCUCCAGCCAGGAGCCGCUGUUCCGCGGCGCCGACCGCUACGACUUCGCCAUCGUCGUCCCCGCCGGCACCGCCGAGUGCUUCUGGCAGUUCUCACACCAGGGAGGAAACUUCUUCUUCAGCUACGAGGUCCAGCGGGCGACGGGGGUUGGCAACAGCAGGAGCAUCCUGGUGACAGCGAGUGACCCCAAUGGCUUCCAGCUCGGAGUGUCCCAGGACGUGCGAGGACAGAUCAACUUCCUCACCAAGGACACGGGUUUCUACCAGCUCUGCUUGGACAACCACCAGAACCACUUUGGCGUAAUGCAGGUGUAUCUCAACUUUGGUGUGUACUACGAUGACUUCAACAUGGAGCACAAGCAGCCAGCAGAGAGGAAGGAGCUGAACGACACCCUGGAGGCAAUUGGGGCGAGCAUCCAGAAGCUGCACAUGCACACCUUCCACAUGUGGCGCUUCUACAACUUUGCCCGGAUGAGGAAAUGGGCUGACUCCUUCCUCCUGGAGUCCAACUACAACUACAUCAACUGGUGGUCCAUGGCCCAGAGCUGUGUCAUUGUCCUCUCCGGGGUGCUGCAGCUCUGCUUCCUCAAGCGCCUCUUCCAUGCCCAAACCUCGGGCGGCCAGAGGUGCUAG